GGCCGCCGAGCGCGGGCCCGGCGCUGCUGCUGCCGCGCCGGAGGUGCCCUGCAGGAACGGCUGCGGGCGGCAGGCCGCGCAGGGCUACCAGGCCUGCUGCCGCACGUGCUCGUGGACCGAGGGCGCCAGCCACGGCCCGAGGUGCGAGGCCGCCUCCGGCCGGGGCUCCAGCGCUGAGGCCAGCGACGUGCCGCCGCCGCCGAAGACGACGAUGUGGUGCCCCUUCGCCGCGCCCUCUUCGGAGGUCGACGACGCGCACCCGCAGCCGCCGCACGCCGACGAGGACGAGCUCCUGCCGCUGCAGCCGCCGCCGCGGGUGCCCGCCUUCGACAAGGAGGUCGCCAACGGACGCCCCAGCGACUGGAACCAGAGGGCGGAGACGUUCUACUGGAGCCGCAAAACGGCGCACAGGUGCCCCGACUUCGCCCGGCCGCGAGCCGACGUAGCGCACGUGAUGGAGUUCUUCGCGGCCCGCCCGGGGCCGGACGGGGCCGCGGUGUCCGCUCGCCUCGGGCCGCCGGAGGCCCGCGGGAGCUGCUGGUUCCGCUGCGAGUGGGUCGGCCCGGGCGGCGGCAAGAGCGCCCUGGAGAAGCUCCAGGCCGAGGGCUGGGUGCGAGCCUGGCACGGGUGCAAGAUGGAGUCCGUGUACUCCAUUCUCUACCACGGCCGGUUCUGCGAGAGCGGUCGAUCGGGGCGCGGCGACAGGUUCUUCGACUACGGAGAGGGCGUGUACCUGCACCGGGACCGCCUGGCUCACAAGACGCAGUUCUACAGCCGGUUUACGCCGUUUCUCGGCAACGGGACGUACGUCUCAGCCAUCUUCGAGUGCCUGGUCAACAGGGAGGAUAAGGUCCAGACCUUCAACGGCACGGACCAGUGGAUCAACCGCUCCCGCAGCGUGCGGCUGUCCGCCCUGUGGCUGUGCUGCCGCACUAAGCGGGACAUGGUCCCCGGGGACGAGGUCGCUGCGGAGUGGGUCCCGGAGAUGGAGGCGAACCCCCACCACACCGAGUGGGACGCCUCGGCCCGCGACCGAGGGGCCUCCAGCUUUGCGGACUGGCUGGUGCCGCGGCCGGCCGCCGCCCGCGGCAGGUCCCGCAGGGCCGACCGCGCCCAGAGCUCGGGGCCCGCCGGGGCGGCCCCGCCCGGCGAGCCGGCGCCGGCGCCUCCGCAGUGGCAGGAGGCCGCCGCCGGCCCGGCGCGGAGCGCUGUCGCGGAGAGGCUGGCGGGCGGCCCCGCCGGGCGCGGCGAGGAGGGCGGAGGCGGGCCUCCCGGCGGCGCGGCGCCCGCGCCGCCGCCGGGGCCCGCGGGCCAGGAGCCCCUGGCGGAGACGCGGGACGCCUGCGCGGCUCAGGCGCCAGCCAUGAGCCCCCGGGCCCUCGACGUCGUGGCCUCGUGCACGCUGGAGCUGGCCCAAGCGCACGGCGUAGACGCCAAGAAGGGCUUCGAGUUCACCGCAGAGAAGCUGCUGAGGGCGGGGCUCGGCUCCGCGGAGGCUCUGGCAGCGGCCACGGACACGGCUUGGCCGCUGGACCGGAAGGGCAGGCAAGUGCUGCCUGAGCCCCUGCGCAAUAUGCUGCGGGAGAGGGCGCGCCUGCUGCGGGUCUCCGAGGAAGACAGCCUCGACCGCCAAAAAGGGUCCUAGCGCCCGCGCGGCGCACUCCAGGGACGGUCUCGC